UGGUAAGAGAGCGAUUACGAGGUCGUUUUGUUUUACCUGCUCCAUUUCGGUUUUUUUUUUUUCGCGGUGAUAAUACUGUACUGUUGGCUGUUGGCAGGGAAUGCCUCCGAGAAGAACACAUACGAAGUCACGGGCGGGAUGCGCCAAGUGCAAGAAACGGAGAAUAAAGUGCGACGAGGUGCACCCUUCUUGCGGGAAUUGCGUCAAGCAUGCCAUUGAAUGCGAUUUUUCAAGCGUUGUCGGCGUGCCACCUGCCGGCGUCGUUUCGGGUGCCCCUUCCUCCUCAUCCGACUUGCCGGCUUCGAAUCCUAUGACGUUGGAUGCUAGUCCUCCGCCUGGGAAUGGGCAACACCAAGUCACCACACCGCAUCAGCAAGGGAUCUUCCCGCAGAGCACCGUUGCUACCGUUUCGCCCGUUAUCAACAUGACUGAUAUGGAGCUUAUACACCACUGGUCGCUAUCAGUUCCAUCCUCAUUUACUACAACGGAGGAUGCCGAGUCCAUCUGGAGGGACGUUAUCCCCCGCCUGGCCUUCCGAGAAUCACAGGGUUGCUUGGUCCAUGCUAUGCUCGCCAUUUCAGCAUUGCACCUCGCGUUCAUCGAGCCCGACAAACGGUCUCAGAGGAUGUGCGUUGCCGCAGACCACUACGGCGAAGCAGUGCGGGGAGUCAAGGACAGCGUUGGCGCCCCAGCGGCAAUCGGGAAGGAUAAUUGCGAAGGCCUCUUCGUCUCCUCGACAUUGAUCGUAGUGUACGCAAUUGCGAACCCAAUGCUAACGGAGAAGGUCAGCCCGCCGACGGAGAUCCCGCCAUGGACAAUGCCGGCCUGGCUACCGCUCAUCCGGGGGGUGCACUCGAUACUGAAGACGAUGUGGGCGUGGAUUGAGGCGGGAUGUCUAUCCCCGCUGCUCCUCGGGCACACGUACAUCGGCGAUUCGGCCGGCGAGGACGAGGCCAUGAACGCGCUGUUCCGUAUAUGCACCGACAAGCGGGAACUGGACGCGGACGAGAUCAAGGACUCGGCUGUCUCUCAGGCUUACUUUGGCGCGAUUCACGAGCUGCAGAAGAACUUUGCCAACGAGGUUGCUCUGCGCAGGAAGAUGGUGUCCCUGAUAUUCAUAUGGCCGAUAUCUGUUUCCGAUGCCUUCUUCGCUCUACUCCAAGAACGCAGGCCGCGAGCAUUAAUCAUAUUCGCGCAUUACUGCGUUUUGCUGAAGAAGUUGGAGAGUUUCUGGUGGGUUGAGGGACGGGCGAAUUAUGAGCUGGGAAGGAUCGAGAGGACUCUGCCCGAACCGUGGAGGAAGUGGUUGGAGUGGCCAGUGAAGAUGAUACGGGGCAGUUAAUUUCUUGCCUGAUUGUUUUUCUUUUUUCUUUCUUUCUUUCUUUCUUGCGUGAUUGAACCGGCGUAUGUUUUCUUUUUUAAGGUGGCACGUUUUCCCCUCUCCCUUUCUCCGCUUCCCCAUUUCUGUUCCCCCCCAUCGGCGGUCACAGAAGGAUGUCCAAGUGGCUGAUGCUGAUACAAUGUAAACUGUGGCACUCAAAUGGAAAUGGACAUGCCAAAGAAGCCUAACCCAUAACCCUGUGUAACGAACGAGUGUAGGAGUACUGUACCUGAAAAUCACUUGCAGCAAGCAAGUCACAAGUCUAA